AGGGAGUGUCGGAAUUUCCGGUGACGUCACCGCGUCUCAAUAUCCAUAAUGGGUCUGCAGCUGUCUGGAGAGCAACAAUAACAAGAGAAGCUCAGCGAUAAAACGAGUUAUUGUCUCGUCUCUGACACCUUUGCUAGCCCCAACUUUACAUCAUUCUGUCACCAACACCCUCGGUGAAUUAACUCUGGCCUCCGCUUCCUCCGACUCGGAAACCGGCGGAGCGUCGCCGCCACCGCGAAAGAAAUACCGAGCUUCGGUGGCGGAGGGAGCAGGGGGGCUUGGGGCUGCAAUUGGGUCAGCGGCCCUGUCUACAGUUGUGGGGAUUUGAACUUUUCCCAAUUCACCCGUUCAUCCUAUCAUUCGAUUCAAUCCGCACAGUGUAGCCCACAUCAACAUUAAUAACAUGCAGGCCAACGGGGCAGGGCAGGGUCAAGAUUCGGAGCUGUCCUGCCUAAACAACAGUGCGCAAAACGGAGAGUCGUCCUCCGCCGGGGAAGCUCACACUAACGUUAAUGGACUAUCCACAACAAACAAUGGGAACUCUGUCAGUAACAACGACGGUAUCCCAGCCCCAGCAGCAUCCAACAACACCGUGUCUUCGGAUGCAAACUCCGUGAAAAAGAAGAAACGUCUUUCUCAGUCAGAGGAAGAUGUCAUUAGACUUAUAGGGCAACAUUUACACGAUUUAGGACUUAAUCAGACAGUGGACCUGUUGAUGCAGGAGUCUGGCUGCAGACUGGAGCAUCCCUCUGCCACGAAGUUCCGCAACCAUGUGGUGGAAGGAGAGUGGGACAAGGCUGAAAGUGACCUGAAUGAGCUAAAAGCAUUGAUGCAUUCUCCAAGUGCUAUUGUGCGGAUGAAGUUCCUGCUCCUGCAGCAGAAGUACCUGGAGUGCCUGGAGGAUGCCAAGGUCCUGGAGGCGCUGCAGGUCCUGAGAGCUGAGCUCACUCCCCUCAAGUACAACACAGAGCGCAUCCACAUCCUGAGCGGGUACCUGAUGUGCAGCCAUGCAGAGGACCUGAGAGCAAAGGCAGAGUGGGAGGGCAAAGGCACUGCCUCCCGCACUAAACUCCUGGACAAGUUACAGACGUACCUUCCCCCCUCUGUGAUGCUGCCUCCGCGCCGGCUGCAGACCCUGCUGAGGCAGGCUGUGGAGCUGCAGAGAGAGCGUUGCCUCUACCACAACACCAAACUGGACAGUGGCCUGGACUCUGUGUCCCUCCUCCUGGACCACGCCUGCAGCCGGAAACAGUUCCCUUGCUACACCCAGCAGAUCCUCACCGAACACUGCAAUGAAGUGUGGUUCUGCAAGUUCUCCAAUGACGGCACCAAACUGGCCACGGGAUCCAAAGACACCACAGUCAUCGUGUGGCAUGUCAACACAGAGAGUCACCAGUUGAAGCUGAUGAAGACUCUAGAGGGCCACGCCUACGGUGUCUCAUACCUGGCCUGGAGCCCUGAUGACACUUACUUGAUUGCCUGUGGCCCCGAUGACUGCUCAGAGCUGUGGCUGUGGAACGUACAGACGGGUGAGUUACGGACAAAAAUGAGCCAAUCACACGAGGACAGUCUGACCAGUGUGGCUUGGAAUCCAGACGGCAAACGCUUUGUCACCGGAGGACAGAGGGGCCAAUUCUACCAGUGUGAUCUGGAUGGUAACCUGCUGGACUCGUGGGAAGGAGUAAGGGUUCAAUGCCUGUGGUGCCUGGGUGACGCUCGGACCGUCCUAGCAUCAGACACACACCAGCGUAUCCGUGGUUACAACUUUGAGGACCUUACGGACAGAAACAUAGUCCAGGAGGACCAUCCAAUCAUGUCUUUCACAGUUUCAAAGAACGGGAGGUUAGCUCUGCUGAAUGUGGCUACUCAGGGUGUGCACCUGUGGGACCUACAUGACCGGGUGCUGGUGAGGAAGUAUCAGGGUGUGACACAGGGCUUCUACACCAUCCACUCCUGCUUUGGAGGACACAACGAAGACUUCAUCGCCAGUGGGAGUGAGGAUCACAAAGUGUACAUCUGGCACAGGCGCAGUGAGCUGCCCAUCGCAGAGUUGACAGGUCAUUCACGUACAGUGAACUGUGUGAGCUGGAAUCCUGUAGUGCCCGGUCUCCUGGCCAGCGCCUCAGACGACGGCACUGUCCGAAUCUGGGGGCCCGCCCCUUUCCUUGAUGUCCAGGACGCUGAGGGGCUAAACGAAUGUUGUAGCAUGGACAGCUGAUGGUGACCUUGGAGCAGAAGACACUACUUCUGGAAUCCAGGAGAAAAACACUAAACUCUAACGAAUGAAGCAGAGAAACUAUUGUGUUUUGACAGCUGCUUUCUGAAGGUUUGGCUCUGGGGCUGUGCUCCAGUGGCAGGUGAUAACGUCACACACACGGAGAUGUCAGACAAAUCACUUAAAUUAACUGAUUACCAAGCAGGCACCUUGAGUGACCUCCCAUCUCUUCUUACCUGUGUGGCUCACAGUGUCUGAUGUCUGUUGCACCUCCUGUGUUCAGCCAGGCCCCAUCCUCUUUCGUCUUGGAGCUAACCCCAGGUCUGCCACCUUUCACCUGCCUCGUCGAGAGUUUAUUAUUUAUUAUUGAUAGUAUUAUUUAUUGUCAUGAUUAGUACGUUGAUAUAUAGAGAGAGGGCUGUAGUGGUGGAGAGUGGUAUGGGUAUAUACAGUGCUGUGAAAAAGUUUUUGCCCCUUUUUUAAUUCUCUACUUUUGCAUAUUUUUGAUACUAAAUGUUAUCAGAUCUUCAACCAAAACCGAAUAUUAGAUAAAGGGAACCUGAGUGAACAAAUAACACAACAAUGACAUACUUAUUUCAUAAACAAAGUUAUGCAACACCCAAUUCCCCUGUGUGAAAAAGUAAUUGCACCCUUACACUCAGUAACUGGUUGUGCCAUCUUUAGCUACAAUGACUCGAAACCAAACGCUUCCUGUAGUUGUUGAUCAGUCUCUCAUGUCGCUGUGGAGGAAUUUUGGCCCACUCUUCCAUGCAGAACUGCUUUAACUCAGCGACAUUGUAGGUUUUCCAGAAUUAACUGCAUGUUUCAAGUCCUGCCACAACAUCUCAAUUGGGAUUAGGUCUGGACUUUGACUAGGCCAUUCCAAAACUUCAAAUUUGUUGCUUUUUAGCCAUU